CACGAGAGACUUUCAACAGAAUACAUCGAAUUUCGGCAAGAGAUUUGCAAAUCGAGAAGAAAGAAGAAAACCUCUGCACCGAGUUACCUCCACGCAAAAGUGCACAAAAAACGUUAUAAAAACAAAAAACAAAGUGAUUUUAAAAGCCAGAGUUCAUUGGACGCCCAGCAAUCCGAGAGACAAAGUGAAACGACCUCGCCCAACGCGGCAAAAGACAAAAAGAGAGAAAAAAAACACACCCACAUCACAAACAUCCCGCUGAUUGGCACUGCACUUCGCAAAAAAAAACACCAAAACCACAGCACAGCAUCGACAUGGAUGUUUGGGGAUUCUGCGUCAGCGACACCACGAUGGCAUAUGGCGGGUCCAUGCGCAGCGGGUACUACAGGGACUACGAGGAAUUCCCCUAUGGAACCCUGGAGUCCACCACCUCCUCACAUGCGGUCAAGGACUGCUACAGUCGUGUGCAAGAAAAGUGCAAGCAGAUAAAGUCCGAGAAGCAGAUGCGCAAGGACUGCCCGUUCUGCAAGGAGCACAAGAAGCGACCGCUCAUCAACUACAUGCGCAAGCGGGAGCAGCGGAAGCACCAUGACAGCAUCUGCGAGGACGAGGAGGACAUGCACGAGCAUGAGCAUGAGUUGGAGCACAGCCACAAUCACAGCCAGUCGGCCGUUCUUGCCGCCCCCCAAAGCUGCAAGGUGUGAGUGGGAGCGGGACGACUCUACUGCGGACGAUGCCCGCAGCAUUCGCGAAAUGCCAUAUAUGUAUACAAAUGUAUAACCAGAAGAAAGGAAACCUGAAAGAGUAAGAACAAAGACGAAGAAAACCAGAGGAGAAAAGAGAAAAAGUUCUUAAAGACGAAGAUUGCGCGAGAGAGCGAGACAGCGACCUGCAGCUACAAUAAUCCAAGGCAACUGUACCCCUAUUUUUGAUAUGGUUGUUAAAGCAUUUCCGCGUUGCGAAUACACUACCAUUUACAAAAGCCGGAUACACUUGAUACCAAUUUACAACUCCCUUUUUUUCAUUAGCUGCCACUUCGUUUUUACACCAGUUUUGCAGUUAUGUACAACUACAAUUUAUUUACCAACAAACAAUAGCACACGACGAAAUAAUCAAGUAACGAAAACCUGCCCGCUUGACCAACGCAUUUUUUGACCUUAGUUAAACCAGAACAUGCUAAAAAAAGCUAAAAAAAAUUAUAAAUGUACACGAAACACAACAAGGGAAGCAAAAACAGAAUUUUCUAUUUUGCGUACGAGACUGAGUAAAUUGCAGUAGAAAAUUGUUAAGCCAAAAGUUUGUUUUCUCCGUUGAAUUAUUUGGGACCCAAUUGGAUCAAUUACAGGUAUACCGUAUAAGCAGCACGAAAUAAUGAAAACUAUAACAAGCAAAAUGCUCCAUUGCAGCCAAUCAAGGUUUACAACUAUUAUUUUUCGAUAUAUGCGUAGUACAUACUUUGGACCCCGAUUUUUAUUGUAUCCUUGUCUAUAUUAGACAUUCCCCUAUAUUUAUUGUAAUACCAACUGGGCGUUGCACAGUCCGAGCAAAAGUCAAAAAGAAAUGAAAUCGAAAUAUGUAUGUAAUGCUGUAUAUGUAAAAGUUGAAAGUGUUUCAAAAGUUUAUGCCUAGUUAAAUUUUGUUAACCCAACUUGUAAUUACAGAACAGACAAUGUUAUUAAGUUUUUGGCGUUCAGGCUGAACUGUGCAAAAAGGACGGAACUAUUAUAAAAUCGAUUUAACAAUUUCAUUAGUCAUUUAAGUAAUUGAUCAAAAUAUAAUGAUUUGUGUAAAAUUUGCUUGCAGGUACCAAGAAAAUUUUCAAUUUAUACAAUGUUAUAUAUCAUAUAUAUUAUAUAUUAAUGGUUAAUUUAAAUUAUAUGUAAACCAAUAAAACGACAAAUGAUUACAAAAAUUUAA